ACAAGGAAAGGGUAAAAGAGAAAAGGGCGUUGCAUUCCUUGAUUUCUCUUCUUCUGCUCGAGAGAAAGAGAGAGUGAGAAAGAUGUAUGCAGAAGCUGGGAUUCUCCUCCCUUACUUGCAGAGCUUCCCACAUGAAUUCCAACACUUCGUCCCGAAAACCGGCGCAUGGGGAAACCUAGUUCAGCCCUCGACCAUAUUGCAAUAUGACCUGGGAGGAGGAAAUCUAUUCAAAGCUCCGGAAACCAUCUUAGAAGAACCGGUGGUGGGGUUUGAUGCCAUGACCUCCGCCAUUUCCAUGAUAUCCAGUGAUGAAGAUGUUAUCUCCGCAGAGACAAUCAAUGUUGCAGACAUCGAAUCAAUUCAAAGCAAGCAACUGUUGAAUGAGGUCUUUUAUGGAGAAAAGAGUCAAAGAAGCCUAGUUCUGACCUCCAGUGCAUUCGAAUAUGAUCAUGGAGGAGGGGAUCUAUUCAAAGCUCCAGAGACUAUCAUUGAAGAACCAGCACCAGGGUUUGGUACCAUGACAGCUGCCAUUCCUAUGAUUUCCAGUGGUGAAGAUGUCAUCUCCACACAGACGAUCAAGGUCGCAGACAUCGAAUCUAUUGAGAGGGAGCAUCUGUUGAAUGAGGUGUUCUAUGAGUGCAAGAAGGACCUCUUGGAAAAAUCUGCAAUGAAUGGAUCUUUUUCUGAGGUUUCAGAUGUUAAGAUUCCUGUCAUGCCGAUCAAGGAUUCAACCACAGAAAGACACAGGUUGGUUGUGGCAGGGCCAGUUCAGAAAAGCAUCAGCUCUGAGUCUCUUAGCUCGAUGGAGUGGAUUGGUAGAGCACCAGUUAGACCAAGGUUUCUGGAUUUUCAGGCAAUGGAUUUGGGAGCUGCUAUUGGGAUGAGGAGGGCAUUUAGUGAGGGAGAUAUUCAGACACUUGGAAAUGGUAACAGAAACCCAGUCCACUCACACUUGGAGCGGAUGUUAGCCAUUGGCAAUUACCCAAUUGAAGACCGCAGACAAAAGCUAUCCAGAUACAGAAAGAAGAAGACCAGGAGGAACUUUGACAGGAAAAUUAAGUAUGCUUGCAGGAAAGCUCUGGCAGAUAAUCAACCAAGAUGCCGUGGGAGGUUUGCAAAAUCUGGAGAAGCUGAUCUUCUGAACUCGUUAAAGUAGAUUGCAUUAAGGUAAAUGAUAUCAAGGAAGCGGGGGUCAGCUAGCUGUUAUCCCUUGCAUGUUGUUGGAGAAGCAUAUCAGUUUGCCCAGAGCCUGUUGCCAUCUCUGGAUAUCUUUUCUGCUGUAACAUUAACUUCUUGUAUGCAAACAUGAAACAGUAACACUGUAGAGAGAGAUGAAUAAAAAGGGGCUUGAAAUCUUCGUUGACUGAGAGAUGUUGGCACUGUAUGGAGAUAUGAAUAAAAGAGGUCUUGAAAUCCUUGCUGAGUGAGAGAUGUUGGCACUGUAGAGAGAGAUGAAUAAAAAGGGGCUUGAAAUCCUUGUUGACUGUAA